AUCAGUGCAGCUCCACACUUCCCUGCCUCCCGCACUGACAGGACAGGGAACGUUACACGCGCUGGCUGACACGGGAGGAGGAGCCACGCUGGGCCCGCCCCCCAGUACUCACAUACACAGGGACUGACACACAAUAGACAGGCCGAGGACAGCGCAGGAGGGACGGACGGAGACGGCUACGGAGCUGAAAGACGCCCUGGUCACAGCGUCCCAUCACCGGGAGCACAGCAGCUACAGCAGCCUUGGAAGAGUCCUGGUAAGAAGGGCCAUUGUGUAGCCGGGAACAUGGAUACCUAUACGCUGCCUCCAUUAGAUGAGCCAGGGAUCCAGUGACACCUGAGCAAGGACGGAGCAACCUGGUCCUACAUGUCCGAGCUCUGGAGAUAAGCCCCCAUUGCCCCCAUUAGACAUCCUGGUAUACACCCUUGGGUGCCCCUUGCUCUAUACUGGUUUUGCUGGACACAGAUUGGUGGUGAUGCUAAAAGCCCCAUGCUGAGCUUCUUUGGCCAAGUGUCCCCCAGGGGCCCAGGACAGGAUGUUGGAACCAGCAGGGUUCGCAGAGGCGUGGCGUGCGCAGUUUCCCGAUGCGGAGCCGCCACGCAUGGAGCUGCGGACAAUGCGGGACAUGGAGCAGGAGCUGGAGCGGUGCCGAUUGUCCGUACGUAGACUGGAGCGGGAGCUGAACCGGGAACGCUUCCGCAUGAUCUACCUGCAGACCCUUUUGGCCAAAGAAAGACGAGGUUAUGAUAGACAACGCUGGGGAUUUGAGGAGAGGGAUCCACCGGGUGGUGGUGAAGAGAGACCUCUGGGCCCUGGUCGAGAAGAGAGACCUCUGGGCCCUGGUCGAGAAGAGAGACCUCUGGGCCCUGGUCGAGAAGAGAGACCUCUGGGCCCUGGUCGAGAAGAGAGACCUCUGGGCCCUGGUCGAGAAGAGAGACCUCUGGGCCCUGGUCGAGAAGAGAGACCUCUGGGCCCUGGUCGAGAAGAGAGACCUCUGGGCCCUGGUCGAGAAGAGAGACCUGGAAGGGAGCAGAAGAGCCCGGAGGAAAGAAAUAGAGGACCAGGUCGCAGAGAACCACCUGUCGGGGCACCUGACUUGUCUCCAGGGGACGUGCCUAGAGGCCCCCGACGGCUGCUAAGUUUGUCAGAAAGGGAAGCACCAGAACCCCGCUCAGACCGUCUUCGCAGGGCAUCGUCUCAUCCAGAAGGGAAUCCAAGGGCUCCACAGCCUAUAGAAUCUCGCCGUGGGCGCUCUUCAGACAGUAGUUGUGGUUGGGAUGGCGAGUACGAAGAUACAGAGUUGAAUCCACGCUUCCUUAGGGACAAUGCAUUACCUUGCCCUGGAAGUCACUGGGGAGGACCGUGGCCUCGGCACUCUAUUUCACCACAAAGCUUUGAGGACUUAGGGGGUGGAUAUACACCUGACUGCAGCUCCAAUGAGAACCUGACUUCCAGUGAGGAGGAGUUGUCUUCAGGACCCUCAGGAAGGGUAUCACCGCGGGUUCCUUGGGGUCAGUCUCCUCCUUCUCCUGGCAGCGCCAGCCCUCCCACACCCCAAGCACCCGCUCGCCACUGUCAGCUGAGGAUAUCUGAAGCAGCAAUUGUUGGUGUGAGACGUAGUGGACAGAUCUGGCCAAGUUGCAGAGAGACGCCAGGGUACCCUGGAGAUGGUGAUGGAUCUUUAUGCAGAACACCCCCUGGUGGUACAGAAGAACAGAGGACACAGCAUGAACUUAUGCCAUACAUUGAUGACUCUCCGAGCUCUUCUCCUCAGCUCAGUGCUAAGAGCCAUAGCAGCAGAGACACCCUUUCCUCUGCCUCAUUGGAUUCCAGCAAAUCGAAUGAGUUGGAUUUGGAGAAAGGCUUGGAGAUGAGGAAAUGGGUCCUCUCUGCAAUUUUGGCUAGCGAAGAAACCUAUUUGAGUCAUCUGGAAGCCUUGCUAUUGCCAAUGAAACCUCUUAAAGCAGCAGCGACUACUUCACAGCCAGUUCUGACCAUCCAGCAGAUAGAAACCAUUUUCUUCAAGGUUCCAGAGUUGUAUGAGAUCCACAAAGAGUUUUAUGAUGCUCUGUUCCCAAGAGUCCAAAAAUGGAGCCAUCAGCAACGAGUUGGGGACCUCUUCCAAAAACUGGCCAGCCAGCUGGGUGUGUAUCGCGCCUUUGUUGACAACUAUGAGGUUGCUAUGGAAACAGCAGAGAAAUGUUGUCAGGCUAACGCUCAGUUUGCUGAAAUUUCAGAGAAUUUAAGAGCCAGAAGCACACGUGAGUCCAAGGAGCAACCAGCUAAAACUUCCCUGGAGGCUCUGCUCUAUAAACCAGUGGAUCGUGUGACACGCAGUACACUUGUUCUACAUGAUUUACUGAAGCAUACACCCAUUGGUCAUCCAGACUAUCCCCUACUUCAAGAUGCACUUAGAAUUUCCCAAAACUUCCUGUCUAGCAUCAAUGAGGAGAUCACACCGCGACGACAGUUAAUGACUGUUAAAAAAGGAGAGAAUCGGCAGCUUUUGAAGGACAGUUUCAUGGUAGAGCUGGUGGAAGGAGCUCGCAAGCUGCGUCAUGUCUUCCUUUUCACUGAUCUUCUCUUGUGUGCAAAGUUAAAGAAACAGAUAGGAGGGAAAAGCCAGCAGUAUGAUUGCAAGUGGUACAUUCCUCUAGCGGAUCUGACAUUCCAACCUCUGGAUGAAGCAGAUGCUGCUAUCAACAUUCCCCUUAUACAAGACGAUGAGCUGGAAGCUAUGAAAGUUAAAAUUUCACAGUUGAAAAGUGAUAUCCAAAGAGAAAGGAAAGCAAGCAAGGGGGGGAAAGGUUUGGAGCGCUUACGCAAGAAGCUUUCAGAACAAGAGUCUAUGUUGCUGCUGUUGUCUCCAAGUAUGGCCUUUCGUGUACACAACCGCAAUGGCAAGGGCUACACCUUCCUAACAUGGUCAGACUAUGAGCGGGCUGAAUGGGGAGAACACAUACGAGAACAGCAGAAGAAAUGUAUCAAAAGCUUCUCUCUUACCUCACUGGAAAUUCAAAUGUUAACAAACUCCUGUGUGAAACUACAAACUGUGCACAGGGUUCCUCUGACCAUCGGGAAGGAAGAUGAUGAGUCUUCUGGUCUCUAUGGGUUCUUGAAUGUUAUUGUCCACUCUGCUUCUGGAUUCCAACAGAGUUCAAAUCUGUUCUGCACUCUAGAAGUUGACUCCUUCGGAUAUUUUGUUAACAAAGCGAAGACACGAGUUUACCGGAACACCACUGAACCCAGCUGGAAUGAGGAAUUUGAAAUUGAACUAGAGGGAUCCCAGACCUUGCGCAUCCUGUGCUAUGAAAAGUUCUACAAUAAAAACCGACCCUUGAGGGAAGAUAUCGGGGAAAGCAGUGAACGCAUGGUGGCCAAAGGCCAGGUACAGUUGGAGCCUCAGCUUGUCAUUGGAAAGGAUUGGCAGUGGUCAGUGGUCUCUAUGAAUGGGAUAGAAGUCAAACUAUCAAUAAAGUUCACAAGCCGAGAAUUUAGUCUGAAGCGUCUCCCAUCUCGAAAACAAACAGGGGUCUUUGGAGUGAAAAUCGGUGUUGUAACAAAGCGAGAGCGUUCCAAGGUGCCAUACAUAGUACGGCAGUGUGUGGAGGAAAUCGAAAGGCGUGGCAUGGAGGAAGUUGGCAUCUACAGAGUUUCUGGAGUAGCCACAGAUAUUCAAGCACUAAAAAAUGCUUAUGAUUCAAAUAACAAGGAUGUGGCUAUCAUGAUGAGUGAUAUGGAUGUUAAUGCCAUUGCUGGAACCCUCAAACUAUAUUUCCGGGAACUGCCAGCACCUCUUUUUACCGAUGAAUUGUAUCCCAACUUUGCAGAAGGAAUUGCCCUAUCAGACCCUGUUGCCAAAGAAAGCUGUAUGUUGAAUUUGCUGCUGUCCCUGCCAGAGCCCAAUCUGCUCACUUUCCUCUUCCUUCUUGACCAUCUUAAAAGGGUGGCUGAGCAGGAGAGUCAGAAUAAGAUGUCCCUUCAUAACCUUGCCACAGUCUUUGGUCCAACUUUACUCCGCCCUUCAGAAAAAGACAGCAAGAUCCCUACCAACCCCACUCAGCCGAUAAGUAUGGCAGACAGCUGGAGUUUGGAAGUGAUGUCACAGGUGCAGGUUCUGUUGUAUUUUCUCCAACUAGACACUAUUCCCACCCCAGACAGCAAACGGCAGAGCAUACUCUUUUCAACUGAAGUGUAACGCCAUCCUCCACUGGCUAUGCCUAUUACUACAGCGGAAGGAAAUGUGCUGCCUCUGUGCGUUUUUUCUUUAUUUAUACCAGCCUUUUAACCUCUCCUGGGAAAGGAAGACAGGAGAACAAGGGACAGUGAUUCUUUUCACUCAAUAUGAGGCUUGCACUAGAAGAUUACUAGCACUGAGGUGCUAUAUUUUUAAUUUAUUAGCUAAUAGAUAAUCUGUAGCUCAGCAGUGGACCCAUGGCUUAUGUCCCGCCGAGACAGAAUUGUGUAGAAGACAUCCGUAUCUGUUCAGGAAUCAAAAGAUCCUAAGGAUUUUUUUUUAGAUCUUUGCAAUAAACCCUGUGCUUUUUUAUUUUUCUUAUUCAGAUGGUUACUUUGUAUGUUUCAUGCUCCCCCGAAAUUUCAUGUUCUCUGUUUGAUUAGAAUUUAGAUGAUCUUGUUAGAGAUUGGAUCUCAUACUCGUCAAUGCACAGUGUUAACCUGAUAUAUAAAUGCAAUUGCUAAUGUUUAUUAUAUCCUAGGACUCUUUCUAAUAAGCUUCAGAACUUGGCUUGGCCACUAGGUGUCAGGACAGGCCACCAAGACAGACCUGCUGCUGAAUUAACCUUUCCAAUGCUGGAUAUAUCUGAGGUCAACAUUUAGAGCACCGGGAUGCUCAUUGUACGACUUCCCUCUGCCUGUUAUUUCAGGUGUAUUUGUAGUAGUUUAUAGACCAUUUUUUAAUGUCCGUGGUAUUUGCAGCAUGUUUUAGCUGGUUAUUUUUUCUGACUGGCCUCCUAUGUGAAAAAAAAUGUAGCCAAAAAUGCCAGGAUUCAGUUUUAUGCAGGAAAUGUCAGACUGAAUUAUACCCGGUAGAUUUCUGAGGGUAAAAUGUAAUUUAUCAAAAUAAGUGAUUCUCUCUCUCCCAGCCUAUUGCUAUAGACAAGUGUACGUCCUACACUCAGUUUGUACAGCACUGUGCAGCUAAGCUACCUUUACAUAUAGAGGAUAUGAUUGUUGGAAAAUGAUCUCACGACUUUUGGCGUAUUUGAUGAAUGUUGUGCAGCGUCAACCAGCAAGCAACAUCAUUGGAUAAAUAGUCUACACUGGGAUCUGAAGCCAUAAAGUGAGUUACUGACUUUAUCUCAAGUAUUUCCUCCACUCAGCGGCUGACGGGAUAAUGUAUUGGACAAUGUUACAAACUGAAAGCGGAGCUGGUCUCUGUAUUCAGGUGCUUCAUACUGUGGACCACAGGAAUUCACUGCCAGAAAUAUGGAUACAUUUCCUCCACAUAUUUCACUAACCUGAUGAUCCAUACUAAGUGUGAUCUGUACAGAGUGAGUACAAAGGCAUGUCAUUCGUGUGAUGUGCUAUGACGUAGGCUGCCUUACUUUUAGGGGGAUGAGGUUGCAGGGCAGUUACUGAGCACAUAUAUGGUGCUUUUCUGUGUGAUGUUUUCAAAUGUGGAACCAGAAUCCUCCUGAAUAAUAUAGUAGAGUAAAAUAAUCGUUCUGCAAGUGUUUAGAGAAUCCAUAUUUCUCGGUCUCUCUUCAUUGGGGGAUACCUAUACUGAUGGGUACAUGCUCUUGCCACUAGGAGGCGCUGACACUAGGAAAAAAAAAGUCUGCUCCUCCCUGGCACAAUAUACCCGCCCACUGGAAGUGUGGUAAUUUAGUUUUAGCUAGUGUCAGUAGGAGGCAAGACACAGGUUUGGGAGCUCCCCAGACCAUGCCUGUUUUUUAUUUUCUAGUAAGGGCUGAUUAGUUUGAUUUUUUUUUUUUUAUCUCCCUUUUGUUUCCCUUUUUUCAGGUGGGGAUUCAGGAGCAUUGUGCUAUCUGUUUCCCCAUAUGAGACUAAGGGGCACAGGCAUAGAGUGUGUACUUUUAACCCCUUCUCGCCAACGGCCAGUGUCUGGAGGUUGUACCCUGGGUCCGGGUCCCCCACUGCCCCUGCUCACCCCGCUAUCUUAGCCUGGUAUGAUGCAGCGUGGCCAUAAGCUGGUUGAAGACGCCUGGGUGUGAUGGCGUCCGCAGGAGAGUAUGUCCAUCCCCCCCCCCCCUUCUUCUUUACAAAAGGGACUCUGUCCUUUAUUAUAAGCAUUAUGUGUGGGGCUCUCUUUCAUAGGGGGGCUGUGUUUUUGCAUAUUGGGUCCUUGCAGCAGCUGCCUCCGCAGGAGUUCCUUUCCGCCUCACCUCUGAACAGCCUUGCUGUUCCUCCGUUCCAUACUCCCCCCCCCACGGGGGUCGGCAGUGCGCUGGGUGUUCAGCCGGCAGAGUUCAGGGGGUUAUGGCGGCACAUGGCUCCGCCCUUCUUCUCCCCCUGAGCCAGCGCGCUAACCGGAGGCCAGGCAGCGCCUCCUCUUAAGAUUCAGGGGGUUUUGGCGAAAGUAGCUCCGUCCUUUUUCUCCCUCUGAACAGCGCGCAAACCAGGAGGUCAGGCAGCUCCCCCUCUCCAGGUUCGCCUCCAGCUGCAUUAGCUCCACCCCUCCACCAUUGCGGGCAUCGGCGGCGCUUUGUAGUCUGCACAGCUCCGUAAUCUCCCUGAGCUCCAGCCCAGCGGGAGCUCUUCUGGACCGGCCCACUCUUGUUUAUGGGCUCUGAGUUGUGCGGCACUGCACUUCUAUGUCCGCUUUUAGGGCUCCCGCUGGUGCAUUUCCUUUGUGUCCCUGCAGGAUGGGCAUGGUGCGGGCGUCCUUGCCAGUCUAACUUGGGAGAACUUGCGGACUGCAUCAGGGCAAGGUGCCUAGCUCCCCAUGCUUCCCUUCCAUGUGUUUUUAAUUACAAAAAAAAAAAAAAAAAAAUCUCUGAGGCUGGCUCAGGUGCCUGCUCUCUUGCCUUAGAUGGCUGGCUUGGCUCUGUUGGCGCCCAUCUGGUCCAGGGUUUAACCCUGGGGGGGUUUUCCUCUCUCAACGCUGUUGGUUGCUGUGUAUCUGUGCGUGCUCCUUCCUUGCAUUCGCAGUCAUGUCUUUGUAUCUUUGCCCAGCUCCAGUGUCCAGGAUUCUGAUCCCUCUGGAGAUGCACAUUAGCUCCUCCAUACCCCGAUGUGUUGUCGCAGAGUUCCUGGGGGCUACGCACACCCAGUACUUUGUUGCGUUGCCAUAGGGUGGCAUUUCCUUUAUCCUACAGUACCUGGUGCACUUUGACAUCCCCCUUUCUCAGGGGGUACAAGGAUCAGGGAGUUUGGCUGGUCAGUGCAUGGGUUUCCUCUCGACCACCCCUUGUUUUCCCCUAAUCUAGGGGGACUAUUUUGCUGAGCGUUUUCUACUACCCAGAUGGAGCCUUCUCUCUUACCAUUAUAUAGGUGAGGUAUCUUGCUGGGCCCUUGUUAUUUGGCUGUGAGCAUUCAGAUGAGCUUUUUGCUGUCUGUACUUGUGUGCUUACGGCCCACUAUUGCAGCCUGGCUCUUUGUUUCUUGGUUGUCUACUGGUGCUCAUGCAUCCUUGGCACUCUCCUCUGUUGGUGGAGUUUAUGCAAUCAUGUUUGGCCCAACAGCCGGUCUAGCACAGUGUGUUGUUUGGGCCCUGCCUUUGCUCUCCUCCCUCGGUGCAAUCUCCCUGGAAGGUGUGUUCAUCCUUCCCCUUGACAGUGUCUGUUGCGCUGCACUGACACCACAGUCUUUUGGAAUAACCUUCCAGUGCCCAGAAACUGGGCUUUCCAGCUUGGUUCCCUUUUUUGUUUCCCCUCCAUUCCCGUCUUGACGGGAUGUUCCUACGGAGUGCUCUGGUCCGCUCGGACCUCUGGGGUCCAAGGCCGGUUAGUCUCCUUGUCUUGGACACUAUCCUAGCAUGCUGUGGCGUGGUUGUUCUAGGUCGGCCCUCCUGGUUCUUUGGGCCUUAUUGAUGGUUGAGGUCUAGAGCAGGUGUAGCUCUCCAGCCCAGACUUCUCCGCGAUUCCAUUUGUGGGGUGUUUUUUCUGUACUACUUCUCAUCUCGACAGGUUUGUCACCCGGAGCAUUUUGCGGACGUUGGGUUUACUUCUAGUCUUCCUGGAGACUCCGGAACCUCCAAUUCCCAUGUUGGCCGCUCCGAUGUUAUGGGAUGCUCCUUUUCAGGGUCUUCCGUUCCGCUUUUUUUUUUUGGGGGGGGGGGGGGCAUUUAUUCUUCAAUGUAAGUCUUCCUGGUGACUCGGGAACCUCCAGUUCCCAUGUCUGUCGCCCUGUUGUUCCGGGAUGCCCUUUUCAGGGCGUUCCAGUCCUUUUUGGCUGUUCUUCCUUCAGCCUCCUUCGUGGUCCUUGUACUCCCAAGAUGAAGGGCGUUCCGGUCAUCCGGAUUCUACCAGUCGAGCUACUUUAGUCUCUCGGGUGCUAGCGGCGGCGGGGUAUGCAGAUGUGCCGGUCAUUGAUCUUAUGCACCAAGCUUCUCUAGAGCUAGUUUUAGUCUCUUUCUGGUUUUCUGGUCUCCACCUUCUGCUCAGGCAUACUGGCGUUUUUUCGCCAUAUUCUCUUGAAUCCAUUGACUUUGGAUGGGUUCUCUUGUUGUGCCCUUUUCCAUUUUUGUUUUACCAGUUGGGCUAGACCUUUGGUUCUGUGUUCCUUGGCGUCGUGUUCCCACUUGCUCCUGGGUGGUUCCAGUCCAUCUGGCUUCCUAGUCGACCUUUUCUUGUCUCUCUAUAUGGACCGUAGGUUUAGAGUCUCUCUCUGCGAAGCAUGGUCCCUUCCUCCAUCUCCAUGGCUAGGGGAUCUUCAGGGAGCUCAGUUUCUGGGCCUCGGUUAUCUCUGGCCUGGGUUCUCAUCCUCAGGCUUUACGGACGAGUGGGUUCGGUCUCGGGACUGAUCCCCUUUUGCUAGUGGUUGUUCUUCCCACCCUAGGGGACUGCUUUGUUAUGUCCCAUCAGUAUAGGUGUCCCCCAAUGACGAGCGCCCGAGAAAAGGAGAUUUUUUUUUGUACUCGCUGUAAAAUCUUUCUCGUAGCCCUCAUUAGGGGACACCGCACCCACCCAUUUCUUCAUUUUUUUUUUUUUGUCCGGAUAUUCUUUUCUGGUUAUUUUUUAUUGUAUCUGGGAUUCUUUUCUAGGGUCCUUCAGACAUGUUUCUUUGUUGGCUUCUCCUACUGCUUUGUGACAAAACUGAUUACUUCACUUCCAGUGGGCGGGUAUAUCCUGCCAGGGAGGAGCUGACUUUUUUUUUUUUCCUAGUGUCAGCGCCUCCUAGUGGCAAGAUCAUAUACCCAUUAGUAUAUGUGUCCCCCAAUGAAGGCUACGAGAAAGAGAGAGAUUUUACGGUGAGUACAAAAAAAAAUCUCCUUUUUGGGUUUAGAGAUUUCUAAUGCCUCUCCGACCAUGUUCUCUUAGAUAGCGGGAUUCUACAUGCUGGAGCUCUGUCAGUCUGUGGACCAUUAAGAAGAAAUGAAUAUAAAUCUUAGUUGAAUUCAAUUAGGACCAACAAUUAAACCAUAAAACUAAUUCAUUAAAAUUGUCUGUAACAAUGUAACUUGCCUCUUUAUAGCUUCAGAAAAUGGAUUAUAAGCAACAAGAAACCAAUUGAACAACAGCAAUAGGUUCACUUUAAAAAGAAUUUGCGAUGAAUAAUUGGCAAACCCCCCAAAAAUUUUUGGCAUUUGUAGCCUCGAUUUUGAAGUCUGGUUGGGUGCAAUCCAGAUUAUCCUGACAGUUAUACAUUAUACAAUAAACCAAUCUUAUUUUCUCACUAGGAAGCUACAUGAGAGAUCCAAAGCCAGUGUAAGUAUAGUCUACUUUAGGUUCACAUUAAAAAUUACUUUCUUUCUUCGCUAAGGCUGCGUUCACAUCAUGAUUUCUCCAUCCGACUUGAGUACACGAUUUUUAUAACUUAAAAUC